UGAAGUCAAUGCGCUGAUUUGUGUGUUUAUAUUUUAGUAUAUAAUUUUAACCGGAGCAAGUUAUAUUUGUAUAAUUACAUGAGCGAUAACUCAUUUGAAUACACUGGGGAAAUAAAAUCCCGGUCUACUGUACAUGAUUUCCUUCCUGACUAUUUGAAUGCGCGGGUGCGUGAGAAGGAGGGGAACACUCUGCACGCGCGCACAACUCUUCCUGUGCCCGACAGUGAAGUCAUAAAAAUGCGACGUUGACGUCAAGGACACGGAAAGCAGCGCCUGUGAAAUAAAGGAGGUAGAACCGCGCUCAGGCGUGGGAUUGGUGGGAUUUUCAGUAGGAGGCAAGUCAGCGACCGAAAUCCCACCCUGCUCUAGCUGCUAUUUUGGACAAGAUCCGAGGACUGACUCUCUCACCAGUCAGAAGCAUUUCUAGGUCAGAAAUAGUGCGAUAUAACACGGCAGCAGAUCCGUACUGACUGGCAGGCCGGGGGGUGUGUGUGUGUUGUCAGUAAGCCGGCCAUUUCAGCACAGAGCACUACUAAGUCAUAACUUUUAAGUGAAGCCUGGGUGAACCAUGCUGCGACUUCUUAGAGGCCAGAGCAGGAGGGUGGACGGCUGUGUCUGCAGCCAGAGGAGGUCGUGUCAUCAUAAGACUGUGAUGGCUAUCCGACGAGAGGACGUUAACGUGUGGGAGAGACGGGCACCCCUUGCCCCGCAACAUGUGAAGGAAAUCACUGCAGCGGGUUAUAAAGUGCUGGUGCAGCCCUCCAACAGGAGAGCCAUCCACAAUAGAUUCUAUGAGAAAGCAGGAGCCAUUAUACAGGAGGACAUCUCAGAGGCUUCUCUCAUCAUUGGGGUGAAGAGGCCGCCAGAAGAAAAGAUCAUUCCACGAAAAACCUACGCUUUCUUUUCCCACACCAUCAAAGCCCAGGAGGCUAACAUGGGUCUUCUAGAUGAUAUACUCAAAAAGGAAGUGCGGCUGAUUGAUUAUGAGAAAAUGGUUGACGAUAAUGGGUUCCGAAUUGUUGCAUUUGGAAAGUGGGCUGGUGUUGCUGGAAUGAUUAACAUUUUGCAUGGGCUUGGUCUCCGAUUCCUGGCCCUUGGGCACCACACUCCCUUUAUGCACAUUGGAAUGGCGCACAAUUACAGGAAUGUCAGUCAAGCCAUACAAGCAGUGAGGGAUUGUGGGUAUGAGAUCUCACUGGGCCUCAUGCCGAAGUCCAUUGGUCCACUCACAUUUGUGUUCACUGGCACAGGCAAUGUAUCUAAUGGUGCACAAGAUAUUUUCAAUGAGCUUCCAUGUGAAUAUGUGGAGCCACAUGAACUGAAAGAGGUCUCCGAAUCAGGAGACCUGACAAAAGUCUAUGGUACAGUGAUCAGCAGGCACCACCAUUUAGUUCGAAAGAGUGAUGGCGUUUAUGAUCCUUUCGAGUAUGAGCACCAUCCUGAACGUUACACCUCUCACUUCAGAUCUAGUGUAGCACCUUACACAACUUGUCUGAUAAACGGCAUCUACUGGGACCCGCAGACUCCGAGGCUGCUGCGGCAACUGGAUGCACAGAAGCUUAUUAGACCUUCAAAAGCUUUAGGCACAGUGACCGAAGGCUGGCCCACCCUGCCACACAAGUUCUUGGCAAUUUGUGACAUUUCUGCAGACACAGGAGGUUCCAUUGAUUUCAUGACCGAGUGCACUACCAUUCAGAAGCCCUUUUGCAUGUAUGACGCCAACCAGCACAUAGACCAUGACAGUGUGGAAGGAAAUGGCAUUCUCAUGUGCUCUAUUGAUAACUUGCCUGCCCAGCUUCCCAUUGAGGCUACAGAUUAUUUUGGCAAUCGCUUGUCCCCCUACAUUUGGGAAAUGCUUCAGUCAGAUGCAACAAGACCACUAGAUGAAGAGAGCUUCUCUCCACAAGUCAGAGAUGCUGUAAUAGCAUCUAACGGGAAGUUGACUCCUAAGUUUGAGUACAUUCAGAAGUUAAGAGAGAAAAGGGAAUCUGAAAAGAUCCUGAAGAAAGGCGGAAUGAAGCGUGUUUUGCUGCUAGGUUCUGGCUAUGUGUCUCGCCCUGUUGUUGAGUAUCUCACCAGGGAUCCUGGCACCCAAGUCACAGUGGCAUCAGUGCUUCUAAGCCAGGCUGAGGAACUGGCUUCCAAAUACCCAAACACCAUACCUAUAAUGCUUGAUGUGACUAGCCAAGAAGGCCAUCUCGAGUUUCUGGUCAAGGAUCAUGACCUAGUCAUCAGCAUGCUGCCAUAUACCUAUCAUCCCUUGGUAGCUAAAUAUUGCAUCAGUAAGAAAGUGAACCUAGUGACAGCCAGCUACCAGUCUCCAGCCAUGAAAGAGCUCCAGAAAUGUGCUGAGGAGGCUGGCAUCACCAUAGUCAAUGAGAUGGGCCUGGACCCUGGCAUUGAUCACAUGUUGGCCAUGGAGUGCAUCGACCAGGCCAAGGCAGACGGUUGCACUGUGGAGUCUUACAGCUCUUUCUGUGGUGGUGUUCCUGCACCAGAGUGUUCUGACAAUCCACUGCGUUACAAAUUCAGCUGGAGUCCAUAUGGAGUGUUGCUCAAUACCAUCAGUCCUGCCAUUUAUCGCAAAGACAACCAGCUGAUCAGUAUUUCCCCUGGUGGGUCUCUAAUGGACGCCACCAUGCCCAUGGACUUCUUUCCAGGUUUUAACCUUGAGGGCUUUCCCAAUCGAGACAGCACCAAAUAUGCUGAACCCUAUGGCAUUGAGUCUGCACACACACUGAUCAGAGGAACUCUACGCUUUAAGGGUUUCUGCAGAGCAAUGAGCAGCUUUGUAAAACUAGGCCUGAUCAACACUGAGCCUUGCCCAAUGCUGGAACACACAGCCGAUCCUGUCUCCUGGAAAGAGCUCCUGAGUAAGCUAAUUGGCUUGUCCUCUGACGUUAGCAUGGAGUCUUUUGAGGAAGCUGUGUUCAAUCAAAUCGGAAGAGAUGAGUUCAGGAUGCAGACUCUCAAAUGGUUUGAGAUGCUGAGUGAGGAGCCUGUGCCUCAUGCUAACACCAUCCUGGAAGCAUUCACUAAACACCUGGAGGCUAAGCUGGCUUUCGAUAAAGGAGAGAGAGAUAUGAUCAUCAUGAAGAAUGACAUUGGCAUCAGACACCCUACAGGAGAACUUGAGAUGAAGCACAUCAGUCUGGUGGUCUAUGGAGAUCCUAAUGGCCUCUCUGCCAUGGCUAAAACAGUGGGCUACCCUGCUGCUAUUGCAGCUCGUAUGGUCCUGGAUGGUGAGCUGAACACUAAAGGACUUGUUGUACCAUUGACAAAGAACAUCUAUGCACCUGUUUUGAGGAGACUUCAGCAGGAAGGCCUUCAGUUCACCACCAAAAGCACAAUAUCAGAGUAAUGCGCUAUAAAAUCUACUCCUGCUGCUCAUAAUUGUAUGAAUAUCAAUUUUCUUAAUCAACUGCUUUUUCACUUCUGUGUGAUGAACUACUGAUUGCUUUGGAAUGUUUAGGCUUCCUCCUGUAAACUUGCUUGUAACGGUUUUGUUGAAAUAUUCCUUCUAGUACUUCAGUAUAUAUCCCUCUACAGCCCUUAAAACAUCUUGCCAUAAUGUAUUCAACACAUUUAUUAUAAGUCGAACUAAACUGCACAUUUGAUGUCAGACAAAUUUACUUUCUAGUAUGUAUUUCAGACUGGUUCCCAAAUGGGAGUGUAUCCAUGUUCCCCAGAGUUAUAUGGCACAUAAUGAACACAUGAUGAUUUAAAGCUGGAGCUAGGCUUCAGCAUAAGAGAGAGCAAUAACGGUUCAGCAUGUGCAACCUAGUCAAUUUUCAGAAAUUUCAAGUCUGGAUGAAGGAUGGAUUUUAAAUUAAUCUGUCUUUGAUGUUUAAAUUUAAAAAGGUAAUAAAGUUAAUAGGGCCCUGGGAAAGUGAGUCCUGAUUUCAUAACACCUUCGGAAAAGUCUACUUAAUGUGUGUUAACAGAAUAUUGAACAGGGGAACAUAGGAAUGACCCCUCCCAAACUAGGGCAGAAACACGCUAUCUCCUCCAUUUGUUACAUUUAUUUAUUUUACAAAUUAAUAUUAGAAAUAUCGAAGGCAGAUUUUGUGUGUGAAUAUUUUUAAAUUUGUUACACAUUCACAUUCAGAGAAGCCACAGUGAAAUGAAUAGUGCAUUUGUUAUUUUAGGUUUUUCCCCCUCCCUAUCCUGACACGUUUCACUAAUGUAGUUCAAUUAAAAUGAACAGAUUUCCCCAUCCAUCUACCUCUGCUAAACAAACUAGCAGUGUGUCUCAAAUCACAUACUUUUACACUAUUCUAGACUGUUAUUGAGUUUUAACACUUCCCGGUUUCCCCAUUACAGUUAGUGUUUGAAUUUUAUAAACCUCUCAUGUCGCCUUCAAACUUACCGAAACAUCUGUUUUGUGUACCAUUCUUCUGGAUUUGAGUAAAUACUUUUGAAUGUAAAUUCAGAGAUUUGGAUUUGAGACACAGCCAAUAACAGCAGUCACACGGCAGACAGUUUUAAAGGUGCAUUAGGUAAGAUUUCUCAAAAUUUGUCAAGACUAGGGCUCUAUCAGUUAAGUAGGUGGAGCUGAAUAAGAUUUUAAUUAUUUUUUUCCCCCACCCAUGAACACAAAGUGGUAGUUCAACUAGAGUUAGCAUUAGCAGGGACUGUUGUGGAUAAAAAAUGUCAUAAAAUAAACAUAAGGGAGACCUAGCAUCCAGCAAAGGGGAGAGGAAGGACUGACGACGGGCACACACAUGAAUAACUUUAUAAGAAUAAUGAAAAAGGAGUAAUAAGAUAUUAUAAUAUCUUAUAUAGUAAUAGAGAAACUCUCUAUAAAAAAACAGAAUAGUAGGAUAUGCAGGACAGUAGAACUGUAAUGAUAUUAAGAAGUUGGAAGUACAGUAAGCUGCUUUUCAAGUAGUAUAAAUAUAUAUAAAAUAAGAAAUAUAGAGCAAAUAUGAAAAUAAAUUAUAAACUAGAAAUACAGGAAAAUGUACUCAUGACUCAA